CGUCAGCUUACCAUCUCUCUUUAACGGUCAACUACCAUCUUCAUCGUCGCUCAUCGUCGCUCAUCGUCGCUCAUCGUCGCUCAGCUGGUCUGAAGUGUUCGAUUACUUACUCACACCACUAUCACCACUACCCUUUCGUUCGCAUCUGUAACUACUUUUGUCUGCUUGACGCAACGCCCAUCGACGGAAAAUUCACCUCGCAACGCCCCCUAAACCAACAUGGAUAGGCUCCAGCGGUAUCGAAACGACGUCGCUAGCAACGAUCCUCCACUGUCCCCGACAUCCAGCAUGCAUGUCUCUCGCCCACCGCGGUUGAUGUCCUCUCUGAGCCACCAGUCCACCUCUGGGGGCCCUCAGCUGGCCAUCGAGACCGCCUCCCCGACCCGGAUCAAUUCCUCAUAUCGCUUCCCUCCCUCCCCCAUCCCAGGCUCUCCAGGUUCUCCACGCGUCUCUCGCUCAGCAGUUCGCUCCAGCAACCACUCUCUUCUGGCCCAGCUUGAUUCACCCAAUAUGCCAUCCAGUCACACCAUGGGCAUCCCUGACUUACCUGCCGAGUAUAAGCGUGGUCGCACAAGUGAGAGCAGCAGCCGUUUCUCAGCUGCGCAGCGCUCCCGAUCGCACGGCCGUCCCUCUCUAAGCCACACGCGCUCGACCUCAUCAAUGUCAUCCAACACUACCACGUCUUCGAGCUCUAGUUCUCUGUUCGAUCGUCCCGCCCGCGCCGGCUCGAUCGCUGGUUCCGAAACAUCCGAUGAUAGCAGGUCUAUCACCUCUGUCGAGUCGAAGAAGAGCACCAAGGCAUUGAAGAGCAAGCCGUCGGGCCUGUCGCUGAGGACUUGGUCGAAGAGCAAGACGCGAGUCCUCGUUGAGGGGGAUGAGGAUGAAACGAUACCUCCUGUCCCUCCUAUUCCAUCCCUGCCUGCGACGGCAACGGUCCAGCGCCAACCUAGCUUUGGCCCAACGCUCUGGGAACGCUUGGUGGAGACUGCAACCUUAUCCGCUAAAGACUGGACUUUCUACGGGGCACAGGAUGACGAGAAUGAGCCCACAACACCUGGCGGUGAGACGCAUCUUACUGCUGUCCUGAAGACGUACUAUGUGGACCGGGCGAGUACAAGAGAUGACCUGCCGUUCUGGUUGUUUGAGGACAAAGAGCGCAAUGUUCCGACGCCGAUGUACAGCGCCAGCACCCAAUAUUUCUCUCCUCUAGAAACGCCCAGAACGGGUACGACUACGCCAGGAACUGUCGUUCCAGCCACAGCGAGUACCGUGAAGUCCAAUCACAGCCUUCGCGACAUCUACGAGUCGUAUAUGUACUCCCCUAAGUCUGCCGAGAAAGUCAAGGUGCGCUCACCUACACCGGCAACACGCGCGCAGAACAGGCUCCGAGAGCUGCGCGAUGCGAAGCGCCUGGGCAACCUGGCGGUGGUGGACUUAUUGGACAAUAAGACGAUGAGGCCACUGUUGUCAGCCGGGCUAGCGUCGAGGCCCAAGUCCCACCGAGUGCCGGCCGGUCCGAAAACCGGACGGAUCUGAUAUCCGAACGGUAUCUGACCACCUCGCCCCAGAACUCCGUGAGUGCUUGAGGGUCAUUCGUAUCGUAGGGGAGGAGGAAGCGCAGGCCGUUUUCUCGUUGUUGCCCGGUUAUUGGAGGUUUUCUGACGCACACGGGUUGCGAGGAUCGAUUAAUGCACACAAUCACGAGUUAUUUAAUCUAUUCUGAUGAUUAGGUGAGGUUCCUUGUGGUGCAUU